AUGGUUGUUGAUGAUGGUAUCGAUAUUCAGAAAAAGAGUGAAUUGGAAUUUUCAAAGAAAGAAGAAGAAAACAAUAAAUCGGACUCCUUUGAUCUUGACAACAUUGAAAAUCCCUUCGCGUCCAAGCCAAAAAUUUCAAACGAUACUGAUCUUGCCACGCCUACGAAAUCCAAGUUUGAUGAUGAGGACGAUAUGUUCGCAAUAACAGCAACCCCCAAAUCAAAGAUUGCUAUUAAGGCCAAUCCUCCAGAUAAUGAUGAAAUUCCUUUACCAAAACAAGAAUUAUUUACUAAUUCUCAAGAAAAGGAGGAAAUGAUCGACCAAAAGCCAAAGCAAAACACAUCUAAACCAGAUUCCAUUGAAGAGAGACCAAUUAAACCAAAAUCUUCUCAAAUUAAUUGGGACGAUGAUAUCAAACCUCAACAAAAGCCAAAGAAGAAGGUCCAAAACUGGGAUGAUGACAAUGAUGAUGUUUUCAAGGUCACAUCUCCUCCAAAGAAGAAGAUUACUCCGAAGAAACCGAAAUCAUUUGGGCGGAUGAUAACGAUGAUGUAUUUAAAGUAG